AUGGUCGCGCCAGCGGUCCCUGAAAUCACCGAGGAGAUCCUCCACGAGUCGAUCGAUGCACGAACCGAAUCCCUCUCUGGUCUAAGAGAACUUGGUCCUCCCGAUCUUGUUCAUCUUCUCAAACAUGCCGUGCGAAACCCAGCUAAACAGACUGGUGUCUACCACCAUGUUACCGGUGUCGAUGCAUCCUCUUCUGCGAGUCUAGCAGCAUAUAUUAAUACCCUGACCUACAAAGAAUCUGGGCCAAAUGCGACCAACAAGAUUGUCGAGGGUGUCUAUUGCUGCUACAAUGCCUUCUCGCGACUCGACAUGCGCGUACACGUAUCGAUCCCUGGAACCGUAGAAAGCUACUGCGUCGACGAACGAGGCGAAAAGAGGAAGGCAUCGGACGAGCUUUGGCUGGAGACUUAUCUAUGCAGCGUUCUUCGAGCUUACUCGUACGCAGACGACGGUAGCGGCGAUACUAUUCGAAAGAUUAUGGGUGUUCGAAGAUUCAAUCCUGUGACAAACACUGAAACCGAGCAUCGUUUCCUCCAUGCUGCAGAACAGCUCUUCUUCAGGGGAUGGCAGCUGGGUUCCGAUUCUGUGGUUCAGGUGCCUACUAACGUGUCGAAUCACCUAACUACGGGUCUGCUCAAGUACCUCGAGACAACUGGACGCUAUGCCUCUGGAAUCAACUUGUUUGAGAAGCUCCGAACGCAAAGCGUCGAGGUAUCAUCUCUGCUGGCAAAGGUCAUGUUCAUGGGACACGAGGAGGUUGCUGGCGUCCGAACGCUUCACCAAUCUUUACAAGAGACCCCAAUGGACUAUGUCAUGCUCGACACUCAAGCUGAAUUCUUGUUGCACAAGGCCAAGAGCGCCCCUACGCCUGAGCUCAGAGACGAAAGACUGAAGAUGUCUCUUGGUUGUGCGGAUCGCGCUACUGUCGCCGCCCCAACCGAGUUCAGCACCUGGGCGAGACUGGCUCAGGUUUACGUAGCCAUGGAAGAUUGGGACAAUGCGCUUACCAUCCUCAACUCAUGCCCUAUGUUCACUUACCAAGACAAGGACACGCCUCUGAUGCCAGAACCAAAGGAGGUUCACUUGCCGACUCUCCCUGAAACUCGCCUUGACGAGAUUGAUAGCGAGCCUGAAUCGCGAUACUCAGAACAGGUUGACCCUAGCUUGCUCAAUCUACGAGCAGCAUCUUACAGGGGCACUUUUAAGAAAGCGUACGAUAUUCUGACCGAGAUGACUGCCAAGAUUGGUUGGGACCAGCUGCUGAAGAUCAGGAGUAAUGUAUUUGUGAUGGAGGAUGAGUACCGCACAGAGAAGCAGGAGGCUACUCAGCCAGCCUCUUCAACAAAGCGAACUCCUAGUACAGAUGGUCUGCGGGGCACACCUGAUCAGACUGUCAACCAAGAUGAAGAGACUGAGGACGAAGAGGUAGAGAAGCUUGAUGAGGCCGCUUCCAAAGCUGAGGGAGCUGGCGAGGAGCUCCCUGCCACCAACGGUACCAGUGAACAGGGCAAGAUCGAGAAGCCUUCUAAUGUUAUCGAUCCAGGCGAGGCAAAGGCGGACAGCGAGACAACCAAGAAUGAUGAGCAUCUGUCCAAGCUCAACACCAAGCGCCUUUGUGAGCGCUGGCUAGACAGCCUCUUCAUGGUGCUCUACGAAGACCUGCGUGUCUACACAAUCUGGCGUACCCAGAUGGCCCAGUACCGCGCCCAGCAGAUGCAGUACAAGAAGUCGGCAGAGGAGUGGGAGAUCCUUGGUUCUCUCGCCGAGCGUCUUCAGCACGUCGACGAAGCCGUCGAGGCGUAUCGCGCAUGCCUAUCAAUCCGAUUCAGCCCCAAGGCCCUCGCCGGCAUCCUACGUGUCUUUGAAAAGACCAAGAGCACAAGAGAGACGGUGGCAUCCGUGAUCCGACUGGUAACAUGGCAGUACCGAUGGUACAGCGAGUUCAGCCCCGAGCUACUGCACACGAUACGGACUCUGAUCGAGGACGAGGGAGCAGUGAAGGUCCGAAGCAUCAUUCAAGCUACUAGUUUGCCGCAGAAUGUGUUGGAUCUCACACAUCACUAUGCUGCGCUGUGCGCAACAUUCAGAAGCAGUGGUACCGACGGUUAG